CUCGGCGAAUCCACCGCAGUUCAGCACUCGACGGUGGGUGAGCUGUGUCGGAUACCACGCGGGGCUCGGUUUCCUUUCGUGACGCUGGACUGAAAGAUGCUUCAAAGGAAACCUUCGAAUGUUUCAGACAAACCAAAAAUCAACAAGCCCAAGCGCUCCACGAGCUUUGGAAAAUUCGAUGUCUUCAGACACCAGUCAUCGCCGAGCAAGCCUGAGGAAAACGGCGACAUGGUGCAUGCUGAUGAAGAAUCGGGGCCUGAGAGUUAUGAACACAUAAAAUCAGGAAGUCUUGGAAUGAAAAUGAGGGCUAUCUCAAUGACCAUGCGCAAGAAGAUGGGCAAGAAGUAUGCCAAGGCCACCUAUGAUGAGAUGGGUGAUACGACCGAGCAAGACCACGAGGGAGAGGUAGAUAGCAGUCAUCACACAGAGAAAGACCAUCUGAAGACAAACUCUGUGGAGAGUCUCUGCAGCGGUCAGAGUUCUUCCAGUGGUGUUACCAGCAGCUCUGAUGGUUCCAGUAACAGAGACAGCCUGAGGCUGGAAGAUGACAUUCCCUACACGGGUCAGUUCUGCGGAAGAGCCAGAGUCCACACAGAUUUUGUCCCAAGCCCGUACGACACGGACUCCCUUAAGCUCAAGGUGGGUGAUGUAAUCGACAUCAUCAGCAAACCCCCGAUGGGAAUAUGGACAGGGAUGCUGCACAACAGAGUGGGCAACUUCAAGUUCAUCUACGUGGACCUUCUCGAGGAGAAAGGUGCCCAGCCACCGAAGAUCAGGCCCCAUCGGCGGAGCAAGAGGCCUCGACCCAAGACUCUACAGGAGCUGUUGGAACGCCUCAACUUAGAGGAGUACGCUUCUACACUGCUCCUCAACGGCUACCAGACGGUGGAUGAUCUCAAGGACUUGCAGGAGAAGCACCUGAUAGAGCUGAACAUGACGGACCCGGAUCACCGGCAGCGGCUUCUGGCCGCCACAGAAAACCUGCAGGACACAGAGAACAACGAGCACGUGGAGAACGACGGUGCCCAAGACCCCCUAUCUGGGAGCCUGAAGGUGGAGCCUAUCGAAUACCCGCGUGAUUCUGGCUGCUACUUAUCGUCAGAGAGCUCAGACAACGGCAAAGAGGAUGCAGAGAGCCAACAGGAGCCCUCUCAGAAACCUGCCGUUGAAACUUAAACUGUGGGAUUGUACAGAACUCAUCUUCUGUAAAUAAGUACAAUUUUCUUAAGACCUCGUGUUCGCAUCCGUUUCCCAUGUGCAGCCCACUUGUCUUAAGUACUUAUCUUAAUUUGUUUGAUAUGAUAUAUCUGUAAAUUAUGCUUCACAUGUCUUUUAUCAUUUACUUUCUUUUUCUCUCGUUUGUCUUUAGGGUCAUUCAGUGUCAGAUUCUGGGUCAUUCAUUUGUUGAGUGAGAAGGCAGUGGCACCAUCCUUCACACACCUGCACCAGAGUGUACACAGUGAUGUCAGAACGGUGUUUUUUUUACAGAUAUUGAAGGGUUGCGAAGAAAAAAAUCUAUUUAGGCAAAGUACGAUUUUACAUUGAAAAUUCCUGUUUAGUGUGUUGAAGAGGCCAAUUUGCCUUUUUUCAAGUAGACCUGCAAAACAGCGCCAUCUACUGGAUGAAUCAGACUUUGCAAUAAAAGAAACAUCUGUAAAAAAGAAAAAAUUAUUAUUAUUAUUAUUAGUUAUUCCUCAAUCUGCAGAGGAUAGUUAUUACAUUGAUAACAUUGUUAAAAUUGUGGGGUUCAGAGACUUUAUCAAUGCCUUUUGGUUGGUUUUAUGGAACAUCCUUUAUUAUUUAUUAUUAGUAUACCAGCUCUGGUCCAAAUCAGAUGUAAAGUUUUACCAACAUCAGGACUUAUGACUUUUGUUCUAACACCAUUGCUGACAUCAUUAUGCACCAUCUGCUGCAGCUGUGGCUCCUAGUAUGUUGUAAAGGGUGCUGUAAAGUCCAAGUGACAUAACAUGUAAACAUCUUGCUGUCCUAUGAUUGACUUCCUUAUAUUUCCAAUAGCAGCAACCUGUGAACCUCUGAUCGGCCAGUGGUCAGAUGUAAUACACCUCUAGAAUUGUGUGCCAUACAGGCAUGUCGUGCUGCAAUGUUUGUUCUAGUGUUGUGUAUUCAUAUAUAUUGUUCAAGCACGUUUCUUAUGUUAUUCCAAUUUUUUCGGAAACCUGUAAAUAUGUAAUGUAAUUUAAACAAUACUACAGCUCAUCAUGAAGCAGUAGCAACUUCUUGCCAAAAACAGAAUACAAGGGAAAGAAUACUAAGAGGUCAACUGAUUCUUUUCAACUGAUAAAUGGGUAGUGCAGAAUAAAUGGUGUAUUUUUCUUUUACAUAUACUUUUCCUGUGCUAAAAUGUGUUUGUGCUGUAGGGCUCCAAUUGGAGGUUUUUUGUGACAUUGUCAUUGUAAAAGCAAACAAUAUGACUAUGCUCAAUUGUGUUCAUCUUAGAUCAGUGUUUCCAUUAAAACUGUAUGUAUU